AUGGAUGAUCAAUUGUAGAAACUGAUAGAAGGAGAUGAAAUGAGAAAAUUUAGUGACUAUUUUUAAUAUAAGGCAACAAUUGGCCAAGGUGCAUUUGGUAUUGUAGUUAGUGCAGUUAACUUGACAACAUAAUAGGAAGUGGCAAUAAAAGUAUGUUCUGUCAAUUUAUACUGAUAGAUAAUAAAGAAGAAAUUAGUGAAUCGAUAUGAUUAAUUGAAAUAAGAAUCAACUAUUUUGGCUAGUUUAAGACAUGAGAAUAUAGUAAAGUUUAUAGAUGUUAAGGAAACUGAUACUAGAAUUUUAAUUAUAAUGGAACUUAUAUAAGGAGGUACACAAACUUAUACAAGUAUAGGUUCUUUAGAAGAUUUAAUGUAGAAAUUGCAUAAGAGUAACAAAUGGUUUACAGAAGAUCAAUGCAAAACAAUUAUUAGGAAUAUCUUAUAAGCUUUGGCAUAUAUGCAUAAUAAUAAUGUUGUACAUAGAGAUCUAAAGCCAGAGAAUAUUUUAGUCAAUGAUGAUUUAAGUUGUGUUAAAUUAAGUGAUUUUGGAUUGAGUUAGGUUUAGAAUUAAUUAAUGACUAAAUAAUGUGGAACCCUAAUCUUCAUGGCACCAGAACUUUUAAUGAAUAAAAUUUAUAGCAAGGUAUUGAUUUAUUCUAUCUUAAGAAUGUAGAUAUUUGGAGUGUUGGUGUAAUCAUGUUUAUGUUACUUAAUUAUGGAUAGCAUCCAUAUUAUAAACAAGGAGAUUCUCUUGAAUAGAUUUUACAAAAAACCAAAGGAAUGCAUGAGCAAGGCAGUCUUACUUAGUAACAAUCUAAAAUGAUAUAAGAAUUUUAGAUUGUAAUACAGUCUAUUUAAAAAAUUAACUGAGUUGGACCAAACCAAAAGAUACAGAGCUGAUUAAGGAUUACUUCAUCCAUGGUUAAAUGAUCAACACGAUGUUGAAGUACCCUAAACCAUGGAAGAGAUCUUUCAUACUUGGAUUUAAUAAUAGAAACUUUUGAAUCUAAUUAAAUCAGUAAUGUGUUUAUCAAAAAUGGGUUAUAUGAAGAAAUUAGAAAAUAGAGAAAUAUGUAAUAGAUUUUCAGAGUAAAAGUCUAAAUUAAAGGAAGAUAAGAAUAAAAAGGAAGGGAAAUUGACUAUUAAUAAGGAAUUUUAUGAUGAAUUGUUUGAAGAGUAUUAGAAAACUUUAACUGAAUAAUAAAGGAAAUUGGUUUUAUAAAGUAAAUACAAAUGAAAUAUUGAUAGCACAAAAGGUUGAAAGUGAAAAAUAAAUUAAAUAAUAGGUGUAGAGUCAAGCUUUAUCAACUGUUUAAGCUAAAUUAUAAUUCAUUAUUCGAACCAGGAAAUCUUCUAGUAGUAAAAUGAAUGUAGAAGAACCAAUCAAUGAUCCUGAUAAUGAUGAAGUCAAAUUAGAGUAAAAUGAAUCUUAACCUGAUAUGCUUUUACCAGAUAAUGACUUAUAAAAUGAUACUAGUGCAUUCGAAAAAUCAUAUCAUGAUAUGUCUAUGUAAAUCAAUCCAAUAACAAAAUCUCCAAAAAAGAAAAGAAAAUCUCCUAUUAAAACUUAAACUAAAUUAUACAUCUAAAAAAAUGAAAGCAUUAAUAAUUCUCAAUAAGGAAUAAAAGAAAAACCAAGUAAUUCUUAUGCUCCUAGUCCUAUCAAACUUAUUAAUAAUAAUACCAAUAGUAAUAAUGUAACAAAAAAUUAAAUUAAACUAAAACCUUUAUAAACUCAAGUUGAACCACCAAAAGAAAUAAUAACUAAUACUACAAUACUUAAUCCUAAUCCAAUCAAUUAUGAACCUAAUUUUCGAUCUGCUAUUAGACCUAUUAGAUAAACACAUGUUCCAAGAUUAUCUAGACUUAGUGUAGAUAGAGAUCAAGUCUAACCAGCAGUUUUAGAUCUCUCUAGUAUGGCUAUGGGUGGUUUUAGUCCUGUUCAUAGUAAUUAAUUUUUAUUUCCUUCUAAAAUUCCAAAUUAUUGUCCUUAAAAAAGAGUAUAUUAAAAUGAGUUUCAUCCUUCAAAAGUACUAUAAUCUUUGGCAUCAAAAAAACCAAAUGAUCAUUAUAAUUUUAUUAAUGGUGGGCCUAAAUGA